AUGAGCGCGACAGGAGGCACGCCUCCAAUGGCAACAGCUGUGAGAGCAGUUGUAGGAACUGUGGCGCUUUUGGAUUUGAUUUUUUGCAUGACCAGGCUCUAUAUACGCAAAUUUGUGAGGAAUGCAUUUGGAGUGGAUGACUAUUUUGUCAUUAUCGCACUUAUCUGGGUAUUAUUCUUUGCCGCUCUGUCCAUCGCACUCACAUUCUAUGGGAUCGGCUAUCAUCAAGACGACAUUCCCCUGGAGAAAUUGCCGAAUAUGCAAUAUGCCGUCUACAUCUCCCUGUGCACCUACCUUUUCGUCGCCUGUUCCGUCAAAAUAAGCGUGGUGAUCUUCAUCAUGCGCGUCUUCCCUACGAACUUCAUCCGCUACUACGGCUUCGGCAUCAUUGCUUUCAUGGUACUCCUGACAAUUUCAGGGGAAGUGCCUUUGAUCUUCCAGUGUAAGCCUGUACGCGCUGCCUACGACAAAACGGUUCCCGGAUACAAAUGUUUUACUCCGGAUACUCUCUUCGACAUCGAGAUGUAUCAAGGCGUUUUGAUGUUUUUCAUCGAUAUUGCCAUCAUCACGAUGCCAAUACCGACUAUUUGGAAGCUUCAGAUGCCUAUACAGCGCCGGCUUUCAAUCAUAGGUGUUUUCUCCUUGGGUUUGGUUGCUUGCGCAGUUGGUCUGGCUCGACUCCCAACUCUCGUAUACCAGAAGAAUAUUACCGACUUCACUUAUGCUGGAGCUACUCCCUUAAUCUGGCUGAACAUGGAAUUUGGCCUUGCCUUAGUGACCGGCUCACUGCCAUCUAUGCGUGUUCUCCUAAGAUCACUCCCAGGCUUUGGCUCCGCCAACAAAACAUCAAGCAAGACCCGAAGUCAGGAAUGGUCUAGCAACAAUGACCAAGCGAAAUACCCCCUGGGCAACCAGAAUCGCUGGUCAAAGAAGCCGCUGGGGAGAAAUAUCAACUUGGAGACUUUUGAAAGCCUUGCCAGCGAAAGUCAAGAGAGGAUUGUCCACACUCAUCCCCCGGGUUACAUAUAG